UUGGUUACUAGACACACGAAUUUUCAAUUCAAAGCCGAGAAGCCUCCCUAGUACACAAUCAAAUCCAUGGCCCCCCAUCACAACCCCUUCCCUAUUGCUUUCAUGAUCCUCAUCACCCAAAAAGAUCGCUCAUCAUAAUUCUUAGCCCCUAGAAAAGGAGACAGAGAGAUCGACAAAGCGAAAAGAGAGAGAGAGAGAGAGAGAGGAAGCAAAAGGAAGUGAAAAAGGCUUCUUUAACUAGAAAAAAGGAGAGGCCCAGAAGAAGGAGAAGAGUGAAGAAGAAGUAGGAGGAGGAGGAGGAGGAGGAGGAGGAAGGACAAUGGAACAUGAGGAGGAAGAAGACGAGGAUCAGCUUGUAAUGAUGACGAUGAUCAGUCGCAGCAUCAGCCCAGAAAAUCAAAGCCACCCCACAUUCGAGCCGAGCUGGAAACUUUACGAGAACCCGUUUUUUAUUUCCCCACACAAUCAUCAGCCUCAUCACCAGCACCCUCAUUCAUCACCUUAUCACCAUCGUCAUCUGCUUCGUCUCCCUCUGCCCAACUCUCGCAAGAUUGCUGCUGCUGCUUCUUCUUCCUCUUCUUUCUUGGAUCUCGCCUUCUUGAGAGCUUCCAUGGACUCCGAGCUCCAGCUCCUCCGCGCCCAGAUCAAGGAAGUGAGGUCCGAGCUGGAGCACGAGCGCAGGGCUCGCAAGAAGGUCGAGCACGCGAACAAGAAGCUCGGGAAGGAGCUGGCCGAGGAGAGGCGGGGGCGGGAGGCCCUCGAGCGGGUCUGCGAGAGGCUCGCGAGGGAGGUGUCCGCCGACAAGGCCGACAUCGACCGGAUGAAGGGUGAGAUGGAGGAGGAGAGGAAGAUGCUGCGGCUCGCCGAGGUCUUGAGGGAGGAGAGGGUCCAGAUGAAGCUCGCCGAGGCUAGGGUCUUGCUGGAGGAGAAGAUUCAAGAACUCGAGAGAGCUGUUCGUUCCGCCAGGAAUGGAGGGCCGAGUGAUUACGAGGACGAUCGCGUCGAGUUGGUGCCGAGGAAAAUCGGCAGGAUUUUGUUAUUCGGAGACCGGUCGAAGAGCCGGCUGGUUCUGAGCGAGAAGAACUCGACUUGCGGCGACGGCAAUGUCGUCGGUCAUCAUCCUAUCCAUGUGACUACGAGAGAGAAUUCAUCGCCGGGCCGGGGUGCGGCGUCCGUCGACAACUGUGGCGGCGGGUCCAGUGUCAAAGAUCCUAACAAGGCGGGCUCUAUCAGCGGGAAAGCAUGCGGCGAUCACGACAAGAACGGGGCGGCUCCAGCAGCAGGAGCGGGUCAAAGGAGGCCGUCGCCGGAGCCGGAGAACCCGCACAUAAAGAGAGGGAUCAAAGGGUUCGUCGAGUUCCCGAGGGUGGUGCGGGCGAUCGGGUCGAAGAGCGGCCGGCAUUGGGGGACGAAGCUGGAGUGCCAGAAGGCUCAGAUCAGGAUCUUGCUGAAGCAGAAGAGCUCCCCAGCUGCCGCCAGAUCCAACAGCCUCGUUUGGAGCUAGACGAUGAUUUAUCAACCCCGAUUGCCAAAAAAAAAAAAACACAUGAUUGACCAGGUUCCGAUGAUUGGGCAGAUUUCAUGAAUUUC